GACCUCCAACCCAACCCCGCUAUGACCAAGAUUGGCAAGCUUCGGGGGCUGGCAGCUUUCCAAGCCAGCACACCUCUUUCAUCAUCAUCCCACCACCGAAUCUUGCCACUGGGGUGCACACACCAAGUUCCCGUUCCUGCUUUCGACGUGAUUUGUAACCUUUUGUUGAUUGACGAUGCACACAAAUAAUAUAAAAAAUAUCAUCCUCAAUUUUUGGCGCCACGAGGAAAGUCUAAAUGCAUCAACGCCCGAUUUCAUGCUUUUACAUUGGCUCUAUCAUCACAAGGUUGAAUAGUCAGAAUCCGUACUAUAUAUUAGUCUCAUAGAACCGACUCCUGCUUUUUCCAAACCCCGAAGCACCACCGAAAGCGGCUAUAUAUAGGCUUUACUCAAACCAGUAUCGGUCAGCCCAUAGUGCUUCGCGCCCACAAUAUCCCGUCUAUCGUUGGCUCUAGCUUGGGCACGCCGACAGCAUGUCCGACCUCCGGAAGCAGAUCCUGCUUGGUGGCAGCAAGUCGAACGAGAGCCGCAAGACGAUCUCUCGAAAGGCCAGGUCACGGCCCGAGUCCGGUCUCAAUUCGAGCACAAACUCCCCCAUCACAUCUCCAGGCGUUUCUCGACCGAAUUCACGCCCGAGCUCUCGGUAUCCCUCGGAAGAUGAGGAUGGCAGUGACCACAUGACGGACUCGGCAUCGGAUUCCGAAUCAAGUGCCCUUUGGGAACAAAGACUGGAUGCUUGUAUCACCGAGCUUCCAUCUCGCAAACGCAGCAGCGGCGCUGGCAGAAGUGGAAUUUUAAAGGCAUACCUUCAUCUCAUUCGUCACCAUUACGCAGAGGCCAAGCUCGAAAAAUCGGUGUCCGAGGUUCUCCCAAGCCUUCUCAGGAGCAUCAAAAAUGGAACAAGCACAGAAGAAAAGUCGUUUGCUAUCAAAGCGCUUGCCGUGACUAUACUCACCUAUACCAACGACGACAUGUGCGAGCAGAUUGUCGAGACGCUCAAGAACGUUUGCGAAGAUGAGAGAGACGAAGACGUGAAGGCGGAUGCGCUUUACACCAUGAGUAUCGCCAUUAUCUAUGGCGGUGGACUUGAAGCGGAGAUGGAAGAUAUGCUAGAGUAUCUCACCACUAUAAUCCAAAGUGACGGUGACCAGGUCAACGCUUUGGACAGCGGGAAGGUUGUCUCGGCUGCCCUUCAGUCCUGGGCUUUUGUGGCCACGAGCCUAGACAGUCUCGACGCGCAGAGUUACGAAGCGCUUGAAGCUUUCUCCGAGCAACUCGACAGCGGCGAUGUGGAUGUGCAAAUAUCGGCCGGAGUCAACAUUGCCUUGUUGUUCGAAGUGUCACGGAAUCUCGAGGAGGCUGACACUGGUGACAAGUUGAAUCUUCAUAUUGAUCCAAAGGUCCUUGUCAAGCGUAUGAGCGAGCUAGCCAAGGGGUCCAAGUCGAUAUCCAAAAGAAGCCGCAGAAAUCUGCGUUCGAGCUUCGCUAGCAUCAUUACCUCGCUUGAAACGAACAAGGGUCCUGGAUGGCGCGAUUCCGUCCCCGAGCAGCCAAAAAAUGCCUAUGAUGAGCCAGACCCUGUUGACGACCCCACGAUUCUUCGGUACCGCCACAAGCUUACGGUAGCAGGGACUACAUUUUGGAUUGACACAUGGGCUGCCCUUAUCCGUGUGGAAAUGAUGAAGAGGGUUCUGAAGGGGGGUUUCUUGACCCAUUUCGAGGACAAUCCCGUUUUUUUCAGGAGUGUUGGUGGCCUGAUGCACUAUGAAAGCUGACAGGUUUUUUUGGGGAUUCAGAGAGAACCACAGUAGAAGCAGAAAUAAAUAUAGUCGCAAUUUAUGAAAUACAAUACCCACUCUGGAUUUGUUUUAUAUUUAGAUACAUUUUCAGCUGCAACAUCAUAUGCUAUAAGAGUGCUGUUAGGGGGCUGCUGUAUCUAAACGAUAGAAGAAGAGGGAGACAGAGGAGGGA